AUGGCUAGCCCCGAAGUCCACCAUCUCUUUAACUCUCCAAUUGCGGAUCACUCCUUCUCCGCUGAUCGCCAAACGCUUGCUGUCGCACGUGAGAACAAUGUCGACGUCUUCCAGAAGAGCGGCAGCGGAUACAAGCUCAAGGAUGAGCUCACGGGUCACGACAAGACAGUCACGGGCGUGGACAUUGCACCAAACUCGGGCAAGAUUGUGACUUGCUCGCAGGACCGCAAUGCCUACGUAUGGGAGCCUUCACCGCAGGGCUGGAAGCCAACACUGGUGCUCCUCCGAAUCAACCGAGCCGCUACUUGCGUUCGCUGGGCCCCUUCUGAGACCAAGUUUGCCGUUGGAUCGGGUGCUCGUCUGAUCCCCGUGUGCUAUUUUGAGGAGGAAGACAACUGGUGGGUCUCCAAGCACCUCAAGAAGCCUAUCCGCUCUACCGUCACAUGUGUCUCGUGGCACCCCAACUCGGUCUUGCUCGCGGCAGGCUCCACUGACGGACACGCUCGCGUGCUCUCUUCCUUUGUCAAGGGUGUCGAUGAGCGCCCAGAGCCCUCGGCUUGGGGAGAGCGCCUGCCCUUCAACACUGUGUGUGGUGAAUACUUGAACAGCACCGCAGGAUGGAUUCACAGUGUUGCCUUUUCUCCCUCGGGUAACGCCCUCGCCUUUGCCGCUCACGAUAGUACCCUUACGGUCGUCUAUCCCAGUGGCCCUGAGCAAGCUCCUCGCGCCAUUGUCAGCGUUAGCACACAAGUACUGCCUUUCAUGUCGCUCAUCUGGAGCUCAGAGGAUGAGAUCAUUGCUGCUGGAUACAACUGCGAGGCCUUCCGUCUCAAGGGCAACGAGUCUGGUUGGCAGUUGACUGGAAGUCUGGAGACCAAGAGCCGCCCUGGCCUGGCGGACCAGCGCGAGGAGAGUGCACUGAACAUGUUUAGGCAGAUGGAUCUCAAGGGCAAAUCGGGCACGGAUGACACCAAGCUUAAGACUGUGCACCAGAACACCAUCAACACGAUCCGCAGCUUUGAGGAGAGCGGAAGUGGAGUCAGCAAGAUCAGUUCUACUGGUGUAGAUGGAAGGAUUGUCAUUUGGAGCCUUUAG